GUGGCCUCGCGCAGCCCCGCCCUCCUCGCCGGCGCCAGGGCAGGCGGGCGGCUGGCAGCUGUGGCGCCGACAUGGCUGCGCUGGUGGAGCCGCUGGGGCUGGAGCGGGACGUGUCCCGGGCGGUUGAGCUCCUCGAGCGGCUCCAGCGCAGCGGGGAGCUGCCCCCGCAGAAGCUGCAGGCCCUCCAGCGAGUCCUGCAGAGCCGCUUCUGCUCCGCUAUCCGAGAGGUGUAUGAGCAGCUUUAUGACACGCUGGACAUCACCGGCAGCGCCGAGAUCCGAGCCCAUGCCACAGCCAAGGCCACAGUGGCUGCCUUCACAGCCAGCGAGGGCCACGCACAUCCCAGGGUAGUGGAGCUACCCAAGACGGAUGAGGGCCUAGGCUUCAACAUCAUGGGUGGCAAAGAGCAAAACUCGCCCAUCUACAUCUCCCGGGUCAUCCCAGGGGGUGUGGCUGACCGCCACGGAGGCCUCAAGCGUGGGGAUCAACUGUUGUCGGUGAAUGGUGUGAGCGUUGAGGGUGAGCAGCAUGAGAAGGCGGUGGAGCUGCUGAAGGCGGCCCAGGGCUCGGUGAAGCUGGUUGUCCGUUACACGCCGCGAGUGCUGGAGGAGAUGGAGGCCCGGUUCGAGAAGAUGCGCUCUGCCCGCCGGCGCCAACAGCAUCAGAGCUACUCGUCCUUGGAGUCUCGAGGUUGAAAACACAGAUCUGGACGUUCACGUGCACUCUCUUCCUGUACAGUAUUUAUUGUCCCUGGCACUUUAUUUAAAGAUAUUUGACUCUCA